GGGACUGAGGCGAAGCCGGAAGUGAGCGGAGUGCACCCUCUCACCUCCGAAGCUCCCCUCCACGGCCUUGAGAGCUUCUCAUUUCCUGGCUCGGUGAAGCCGACAGCGGCCGUCAUUCAGGACCAAAAGACAGCUCAGGGUUGCAGUCAUGUCGGCACCUGCCAGCGCCGGGACCAGCAAGGCGGCCCACAGCGACGUGGCCCCGAAGAAGAAGAAGGGACCGGGCGCCCUGGCUACGGCCUAUCUGGUUAUUUAUAACGUUGUCAUGACAGCUGGGUGGCUGGUGAUCGCUGUGGGCCUGGUCAGAGCUUACCUAGCCAGAGGCAGCUACCACGGCCUCUACUACUCCAUAGAGAAGCCACUCAAGUUCUUUCAGACCGGAGCUAUUCUGGAGAUAUUGCACUGUGCUGUAGGAAUCGUCCCUUCCUCCGUGGUCCUGACGGGAUUCCAGGUCAUGUCCCGAGUCUUCCUCACCUGGGCCGUCACACACAGCGUCCGAGAGGUGCAGAGUGAGGAUAGUGUGCUGCUGUUUGUGACAGCCUGGACCGUCACAGAAAUCAUCCGCUACUCCUUCUAUACCUUCAGCCUGCUCAACCAUCUGCCCUACCUCAUCAAGUGGGCAAGGUACACUUUUUUCAUUGUGCUGUAUCCCAUGGGGGUGACCGGGGAGCUGCUCACUAUCUAUGCAGCGCUGCCGUACGUGCAGAAGACAGGCCUGUACUCUGUCACUCUCCCCAACAAGUACAACUUCUCCUUCGACUACCACACCUUCCUCAUCCUCACCAUGAUCUCCUACAUCCCCCUCUUCCCUCAGCUCUACUUCCACAUGAUGCGACAGAGGAAGAAGGUGCUUGGCCAUGUGGAAGACUACAGCAAAGUGGAGUAAGAUGAGGAGCAGCCGGACCGAGGCGACUGCGAGGGAAGCGGAGAAAGAAACCAAACAACCAAGAGAGGAGGACUCUUCUGGAACAACCAACCAACAGAGGAGGACUCCUCCGAAGCAAACACACACCCGCCUGGCCAAUGAAGCCAUGUCUGCUUGUUGAAACAUCAAGUCCGACCAGUUUUCUAAUUGCCAGAGUUAACCUGGCAGAUGAUAAAAACGACCUAACCAUGUUCUUUUUGUCAACUUAAUUAUUUUUUUUGGAAGUUGCCUGGGUUACAUAGAUGCUCAUAUAUUGCACAGUGUAAACAGGACUGGUGUUUUUUUUUGUUUUAUUAUUUUUUUAUUUUUUUUAUUUAUGAACCAACUCUGUUUUGAAUGGGACACAGUUGCACUGCCCUCUGGUGGAGCGGUGAGCAGAACAUGGUCGCGACGUUGCUUCGACACUGUUUGAAUUAAAUGCACUGAUACAAUCGAUAGCCUCUUCUUUAAAUGGCACCGUAGACGACAGAUAAUAGAUUUUUCACCUCCCCCCCGUGGCGCCUUUUUUGUUCUCUAUUAGAGCAGUCAUUGCCCUUUACUACAGUGUAGGAAGAGUCCCAUGUAGACUCCUGUAGGUCGUCUGUAGGGUUUGGAUAUGUUAGAGUCAAGGUAGCCUGUUAAGUUAUUUGGAUUUUUUUUUCUCCUAACCUUUUACUGAUCACCUGCGAAAGGUUUGAUUACAUUCCCUGUUCAGUUCAAUAAAGCUUUUUUCAUUCUGUGCUUGCAUGGUUUUCUUUACAUUUAACACGCAGGAGUUAGCUGUUGUUAUUUGGUGUUUGGGAUGCAGCUGUCACCUUUCUCAGCUGCGUUCCCCCGUGAUCUGCUGUAAGUUGACCGUUGGGUUUUUCUGAGUUAGCUGGUGUUCACUGUGAGCUGUUUCUUUUGGUUUUAUCAUUGUUGUUUGAUGUUUAAGUGAUGUUUAUACUUUGUAUGAUGAUGUAGCCAGUAGGUGAGAAGACAGACACGUUUUUCUCAAGAAAGGAUAUUUCAUUUUAUAUCAAUAAUGCUCAAUGGUUUCUCUGAGAAUAAGUUUUGACAACAGGACAAAGUUCUUUGUAUAGUAUUUCAGACGGGUGGACUUUGGUACAUACUUUUUUCUUCCUCUGUUUAUUUGCAGUCAUGUUUCAUGUUAUUUUAGCUCUCUGAAAAUGCUUCCUUUGUAAAAUAUCUAGUUUUAAAAGACUGCUCAUUGAUAUGAAGUGUCACCCUCCAGCUUUAGCUGCCACAACUGCCCUUCUUUUUCUAUUAAUUUUUAUUAAUCAGGUCGAAGUUUGAAGCCGCAGUCUUGCCGUGACAUAAAAAAAUAAUGACACAAACUUACAUCAUAGGAGGCUUCAACAAAAAACUAACAGACUGAAACGUGCAGCAGCAACAGUGUUUAAAGUGCAGUAAAUUGCAAACAAACAGAAUUCUUGAAAGCUUAUAUAUAGGCUGCAGAAAAAAAAAAAAAACUUCCAUUGUAACUUACCGGU